CGUUAUCUUCCGCUGACUGUCAUAUCUUUGGAGGAGUGAAGUUUUUACGCGCACCUUCUCUUCCUCCUCCUACCCGGCUCGGAGCCCCGCCUCGGGCCGCUGGCACACCUGGACCUGGAGCAGCGAGCGGCGGGUAAAGGUGAGCAGGACCCCGCUGCGUCUUGUGGUUGGACAUUGGAGGUGGGUGGCUUCAGGACGCUCCGACUCUGAACCGAAUAAACAGGCAGAAUGGGUGAGGCACCAGCCAGAGAAGAUGGGGCAGUGACUCGAUCAGCAGAGUAUGUGGGCUCAUUUCCUGUGGAUGACCGCUGUUUGGACGACCAGAUUAAGCAACUGCACACACAGCUGAAGUCCCUCAAAACAUGCAAGAGAAGGAGGUCUGUAUCCCUGAAAUUCUCCAUUAAAGGUGUGAAAAUGUACAAUGAAGAUGAAACGACUCUCCUCAUGGCCCACGCUCUACGUAGAGUCUCUCUUUCCACUGCCCGGCCUGUCGAUGCCCAGUUUGCCUUUGUUUCCCAUAACCCGGGCAGCGUUGAUGCCCAACUCUACUGCCAUGUCUUCAAAGCAAGGCACUCACGAGCGGCCCAGUUCCUGAACCUGCUGCUGUGCCGCUGUUUCCAACUGUCGUACUUGGAGAAGCACCCAGAAGAGGCUCAGGAAGACUGUGUUGGCUCAGCGCCUCGCCGCAACCCUUCGCUGCUCAACCACGGCUUCCCUCUCAGCGUCAGCGCCUUGGUGUCAUUUAGAAGAGCUCCUUUUCGGGGGUUGCUGCCGGGCACUAAGAAAAAACAAAAGUCUUCCGAGGACCAGCACAGCAGCCAAGAUGAAGUCUUCCCGACCUCCUCCCCGUCCCUGGUGCGGAAGAAAGCCAUUCGCACCAAAGCGCUGCGUUCUGGUGCCUACCGCUCCUUCACAUUCACGCCGCUCAAACAGCGCAACGUUCAGGAGCGACUGAGCGAGUCACAAGGAAAGGACAAAGACAAGACUCCAGCGAGGAGAUCCCGGGCUCCCAGCUUGGCCGAAACAGAAGAAGCUCUUGCUCAGGCUGUGUGGUGUUGGGCUGGUAUCGCAACUGACAGCAGCUAUUCCCUGCUUGCAGAUGAUGUUUUGGGAUCAUACCUUCUCUGCCCACAUCCUAAAAAACCCAAAUGUGGUUCUCUUAUCAUUCGCUUCCCCUCUGGCCUCAUCACCCACCUCAUAGAAAACACUCGUAAAGGGAAAUUCCUGUUGGAGAAAUGCAAGACUGAGUUCAGCUCCCUGGCAGAGCUGAUUGAACACUACACAGAGAUACAGGAUGAGCUGCCGUGUCUGCUGAGCUGUGCUCGGGUGAACCACUGCUAUGAGUGGGAGGAGAAUACCAGCAAACAGCAGCCUGUCAAGCUGCACAAGAUCCUAAACAAAAUAAAGAUUAAAAGUACCCUCAGAAAGGCAUGGGUGUAAACCCUGGACACUGGGACAUGUGGACUGCCAACCUCAGAGGAUGCAAAUACAUGACGCUCUUUAUUUCUUUUGCACAUUUUUCAUCUUUUACUUUUAAAUCACGUGGUGGUGUGGGGAGAUGUCACAGCCUGUAUUAGCAAUGUUGGCACUUACGUAGGGUACUUAUUUGUUAAAGAUAUCACAUGUUGUGCAUGCUGCUUUUAUGUUUUUCAAUAUACUUUUUUAUAAAUGUUUUUAUAUGUGCCUACAAGGCAUCAGAGGAGUUUUAUAGUUUUUACAUGUGAAACUAAUGACCUGAAUCUGUGGAGUGGAAUUGAACACUCAGAUUGUUGCACCUGUUGGCAAAGCCAAACAAUUUUUCUUUUUUAUUUCCCUGGCCUUGUAAAGAUGCUACACAAAUACAUAUUUGUUCAAAUUCUACCUUCUCCUUCAAUUUAAAUUGUGUUUACAAACUAUUGUAAGUGUGUUUGGACUUACUAUGUCUAAGCAGUGGUAGUGUACACCCUGAUGUGUCCUGCUGUAAGAAAAUAUGACAAUGACACAUUGUUUUCUAUAUCUUGCCAUUUUAGAGUGUAUUACUACGCUUUUCAUGGCCACUAUAAACAGGAAAAACGAAAGCUGAACUCAGAUUUUCUGUGUUUUUAAAGUUUGCAAGAAGUCUUACCCAUGGUAGUGUUUGUUUUGCUGGUAACAGUUCAAUAUUUCUAAAACAAUAUAACUUUUUUUUUUUUUUUGAUUUUUAUAUCCCAAAGCCCAUUUUUUUCAGCAGAGCAUAGUACAACCUGGCUUUGCCCUGCAGUUUUAGUUAUCUUAAGACUGCAAAUGAUAGUUUUCUUGUCCAAGAGAAAUAAUUUCUAAUGAGUCCUUUCCAUAUUAACUCAUCAUACAAUUCACAUCUGUUUGAGAAUAAAUCAUGGACUUUUCUGUUUUCAUUCCACACCCUA